AUGGAGGAGAUAAACUACGCAACUGCCGCUGCCCACGGAAGUGUUUCGUUGGUGACUCCGCGAGACCGCGAAACUACGAACCGCUCAGAAGAAGUGGAGUCCAGAUCCAGAACCAGAAAGGAAGUUCACGAAAAUACAAAUUGGGGUUAUGGUGCUGAUCGCGGAAAAAAGAGCAUUUUAGGUCGUGAGACAACUCAGCAACCAAAUGGGC